UCUAUAAAUAUUAGUAGCAACCGAAGACGAAUAUAUAGAAAAAAAUGGCAGGUGGAGAAUCGGGCCGCUCGUUCGAGUAUACCCCCACUUGGGUUGUGGCACUCGUUUGCUUCGUCAUUGUUUUCAUCUCCGUUUUUGCCGAGCGUGCUCUUCAUAAACUCGGAAGGUGCUUCAAGCAUAAGAACCAGGACGCGCUAUUCGAAGCGUUGCAGAAACUAAAAGAAGAGCUGAUGCUGUUGGGAUUUAUAUCGCUUCUGUUAACGGUAUUUCAAGGUCUAAUAAGCAAUAUAUGCAUACCUAAUCAUCUAGCCAAUAUCAUGCUCCCAUGCAAAAUGGAAACUCUUCAACAUCUAACUGCAAACAACGGAAGACGACUUUUAGCUGAAGUAGUUUCGGACAAGUGCUCCGAGGGACAUGUGCCGUUUCUAUCUUUAGAAGCAUUGCAUCAGCUGCACAUUUUCAUUUUCGUUUUAGCGGUCGUUUACGUUGUCUUUUGUGCAUCAACCAUGGUUCUUGGAGGACUCAAGAUACGGGAAUGGAGACACUGGGAGCGCUCGAUUAGAAACGAAGCAUCAAGACAUCACAGAGUGCAUGCUCCUCAUUUACACUUACAAGAAUUCAUGGGGCGAACGGGAAGAUAUUGGAGAAAAUUUCGUGUAGUGAGUUGGAUGGCGGCGUUCUUCAAACAGUUUUACGGGUCGGUGACUAGGUCCGACUACACAGCCCUGCGCUUGGGAUUUAUACGUGAACAUUGUCCUAGCAACCCGGAUUACGAUUUCUACAAGUACCUGAUGAGGACAUUGGAGCAAGAUUUCAAGAAAAUCAUAGGAAUAAGCUGGUACUUGUGGAUGUUCGUCGUAAUCUUCUUGCUAAUGAACAUCGCAGGAUGGCAUGCAUAUUUUUGGAUGUCCUUCUUACCACUUAUACUACUACUAAUCGUGGGAGCAAAACUGGAGCAUAUAAUAACUCAACUAGCGAAAGAUGCAGCAGAAAGAAGUGGGGAUGUCGAAGGAAUACCAGUUAGGCUUUCCGAUGAACUCUUUUGGUUUCAUCGCCCGACGCUCGUUCUCUACUUGAUCCACUUCAUUUUGUUCCAAAACUCGUUCGAGAUUGCGUUCUUCUUCUGGAUUUGGACCACGUAUGGCUUCAAAUCUUGCAUCAUGGAAGGCUUGAAUUUCAUUAUUCCGAGACUUGUAAUCGGGGUAAUUGUGCAAGUUCUUUGCAGUUACAGCACUUUACCUUUAUAUGCUUUGGUCACACAGAUGGGGAGUAUGUUUAAGCAAACUGUUUUCGAUGAGUUCACACACGAUCUGAUUCUAACAUGGGCUAAAGAUAGGAAAUUUGCUUCCUCCGAAGCCAAUGAAAGUAUGAGCAAACUUACAACAGAACCGACGAACCCCGUUUGCCUCUCUCAACAACCAGUGUCUGAAAUCGAACUUUCUUGUCCGAACAAAUCCUAAUAUUCAAUAUUCAAAAGAAUUUACAUUUUAAGAGAGAUCUAAACUAAGUCAAAGCUACGAUAAAGAAGGCAAUUUGAGAAGAAUUAUGAUAAUGUUUUUCGAAGGGUAAUGAUCAUCACAUAUAAGUAUAUUAUUAUUUAUUUUCAUAAUAAUAAUAGAAAAAAAACCGACGAACAAUAAAAAAAAUAAGCUCGACCUCAUCAAAUAGAAAAAAAGCUCGAGUUCUGAUAAAUCCUGUCGAGCCAACUCAACCCAUUUACACCGCUAUUUGCACCAAUCCACACGUUUGAACUAUUUUGUGAAGUGUAAAAAAUUACAACGGAUACACAUAUAACUUUUACUUCCAUAUUCAAAGCAUUUAAUUUACAGUAAGAGAUAUAAAAAUGGAUAUAUAAUCAAACCUAUAAUGACAAAAAAAAAAAAAAA